AUGUCUAUGAAUCUGGGUGAUUAUUACCCUCAUCAGCCUUCCACUUCUAGAAGGCAUAGGAGAAAUUCUCAUGCACCCCCACCCCCUAAAGAAUUCAAUGUUGUGUUGCCUCACUUCCAUGGGAAGGACAAUGUAGAGGCUUAUCUUGAUUGGGAGAUGAAGGUGGAACAAUUAUUUGAAUGCCACCAGAAAGAAUUUGAUGAUCUAUUCCCACAAGAAAUUCCAAAAGGGCUUCCACCCAUAAGAGGAAUAGAACAUCAAAUUGAUUUCAUUCCAGGGGCAGUUCUUCCUAAUAGGCCAGCCUAUAGGACCAACCCCCAAGAAACUAAGGAGAUUGAGACACAAGUCCAAGAGUUGCUAGAUAAAGGCUUAGUUCAAAAGAGUCUAAGUCCAUGUGCUGUACCAGUGUUGCUUGUUCCAAAAAAGGAUGGGAAGUGGCGCAUGUGUUGUGACUGUAGAGCUAUCAACAACAUCACAAUCAAGUAUAGACAUCCCAUUCCUAGGCUUGAUGAUAUGUUGGAUGAAUUGCAUGGAGCACAAAUAUUUUCAAAGGUAGAUUUAAAAAGUGGCUAUCACCAAAUAAGAAUUAAAGAAGGUGAUGAAUGGAAAACUGCCUUUAAGACCAAGUUUGGAUUAUAUGAAUGGCUAGUUAUGCCUUUUGGUCUUACAAAUGCUCCAAGCACAUUCAUGAGACUUAUGAAUCAUGUCCUUAGGGAUUGCAUUGGGAAUGUCAUAUUUCUUGGAUUUGUGGUCACCAACAAUGGGGUUCAUGUGGACCCAGAAAAAAUAAAGGCCAUCCAAGAUUGGCCUCCUCCAAAGAAUAGUCAACACAAGUUACAAAAGAGACAUGCUAAGUGGUUGGAAUUCAUUGAACAAUUCACUUAUGUUAUUAAAUACAAGAAAGGAAAAUCCAAUGUGGUGGCUGAUGCUUUGUCAAGAAAAAUUAAUCUAUUAGCCACAUUGGGAGCUCAAAUUCUUGGAUUUAAUAACAUUCUUGAAUUGUAUUCACAAGAUCCUGAUUUUGCUCAUAUCUAUGAGGAAUGUCUCAAUAAGCCUCAAGGAGGAUUCUAUGUGAAAGAGGGGUAUCUUUUUAAAGAAGGAAAAAUUUGCAUUCCCCAAGGAUCACAUAGAAAACUCCUUGUUAAAGAGACACAUGAGGGAGGAUUAAUGGGGCAUUUUGGGGUAGAAAAGACCCUUGGCAUG